UUUUGUAGCCGUCACGAUCGGGGGGAUGAAAUGGUUAUGAAGGUGCCGAUCCAACCGUGAAAAUGUAUGAGGUGAUGCUUGGUGACACCCUGUCCUGGAAGGUGCCCAGUCCAAAACCGAGUGGUUCUGAGUCCAGCCCUGAUUCUCAUGUCUCUGGGGAACAAGGACCUGUCAAGAUCCUCAAAGUGUGCUUCUGCACAAACAGCACCCUGGGCAGGAACUUCAAGCUGGUCAAAUGUGACAGCUCCUGGCAAGUUAGGGCAAUCAUCAGCUCAAUUCUGAUCAGUGGCCGACUUGGGCCCAACAUUCAGCACAUGGGAUGCUACGGUCUUCUCCUGAAGCACCUAAAGUCAGAAGAACUUCAUUGGUUGCACCCAGAUCUGACGGUCGGGGAGGUGGAGCAACGGUACGAGAGCAACCACGUGGAAGCUGAGUGGAGGUAUGACCUUCGUAUCAGAUACAUUCCUGUCAAUUUCAUGGAGAAAUUCAAAGACGACAGGUCUACGCUUCUGUAUUUUUACCAACAGGUACGUAGUGACUACAUGCAGUAUCACGCUAGUACGGUUAGCGACGGCAUGGCCCUGCAGCUCGGGUGUUUGGAAAUCAGGAGGUUCUAUAAAGAUAUGAACGCAAAGGGUCUAGAAAAGAAGUCCAACUUUGAGUUGUUAGAAAAAGAAGUGGGCCUGGACCUUUUCUUUCCCAAGCAUCUGAUUGUCAGCAUGAAGCCAAAGCAUCUACGGAAGCUGAUCCAGCAAACGUUUCAACAGUACGCCACGCUCAAGGAGGACCAGUGUAUGAUCAAAUUUUUUGAAACUCUCAGAGAUUUUGUUAGCUACGAUGAGGAGGUCUUCCCAUGUGAACUUGUGCAAGGGUGGAGCCUGUCAGUGGAACUAGUCAUCGGUGGGAGGGGCAUUCGCCAACGCACCCAGAAGAAUGCCGCGGCCGUCGUUUUAGCUGACUUCAAGCAUAUCAAGAAAAUACAAAGCUUAUCUCAGAGUGAUGGCAAGGCGCUCCUAACCUUAGCCAUAGAGGGGGCCAAACAUGAUCUGUCCAUCAAUGUGGCCACGCUACCAAUGGCCGAGAACAUGAUCGAUCUCAUCGAUGGGUAUUGCCGCUUGGAAACCGGCACAGAUGAGUCUGUUAUUUACCGCCCAAAUAAAGAUGCCAACACCAGAAAUUCUCUCCCCGAGAUUCCCACAGAGAGAGAAAACACCUCGUUCAGAUACAGUAUGGGGUCUGAUAUCUACUGUGAGAUUCUUGAUGAAAGGCCCAGAUCAGUUGUAAAGUACGGGAUCGACCGAAAUGACAUUGUCCUUGGCCGAAUUCUUGGCGAGGGUUUUUUUGGAGAGGUCUACGAUGGAAUUUACAAGCAUCCAAAUGGUGACAGGGUUAGUGUGGCGGUGAAGACCUGCAAAGACUGUUCGCCUGAUGUGAUGGAGAAGUUCAUGAGCGAAGCAGUAAUUAUGAAGAACCUCAACCAUCCGCACAUUGUCAAACUGAUUGGAAUAAUCGAGGAGAAUCCCGUUUGGAUCGUGAUGGAGCUUUACCAGUACGGCGAGCUUGGGGAGUAUCUCACACAGAACCAAGACAAGCUGACCAACACCACGCUGGUGCUGUUCAGCCUGCAGAUCUGCAAAGCCCUUGUCUACCUCGUAGGGGUCAACAUGGUUCACAGAGACAUUGCGGUUCGUAAUGUGUUAGUCGCCAGUCCAGACUGUGUGAAGCUGGGCGACUUUGGUUUGUCCAGAUACAUCGAAGAAGAAGAAUACUACAAAGCGUCUGUUACUCGACUGCCAAUCAAAUGGAUGGCCCCGGAAUCCAUCAACUUUAGACGCUUCACCACAGCUAGUGACGUCUGGAUGUUUGGUGAGUGUGUUUGGGAGAUCAUGAGUCGUGGACAGCAGCUUUUCUGGUUGGAGAACAGAGACGUCAUCAACCAAUUAGAGCAAGGCAUCAGACUGCCGAAACCGGACAACUGCCCUCCUGCCCUCUACUCGCUCAUGACCCGCUGCUGGUCCUAUGAUCCUAGAGAGAGACCCAACUUCACGGAGCUGGUGGUCAAGAUCAGCGAUGUCCACAAAAUGGAAAAAGAACAGGAAGAAGAGAGACACCGGGACAAACUACGCUCCACAAAGUUUUUGGACCCCAAGUUGAGUUUCAACGAGCCUCCUCCAAAGCCUACAAGAUCGAAACCAGGAAUUGGGAACACGCUCAGCAUUGGUCUACAUAUUCAGGUACAACGAGGCUUGUGUGCAAGCUCUCCCGACCUGGCCAGCCCGUGUGAAUAUCAGUCCCCUGUUGACUCCAUGAACACCCUGACAUUGCCGUUAGAUCGCCUCGGCGCCGCAGCAAUGGGGGAGAGCGAAUUUCCUCGCCUGGAGCCGAGCAGUAAGGAAGACGCCCAGCGCUUGUGGCAGAAAGAGAGGCAUCGCAUGCAGGACACGCUCCGCCGGCAGAAGGAGCAGAUGGCGCAAGAUAAAAAGUGGCUGGAGAAGAAGGAGAGACUCCUGGACCCCAUGGGACCAGAGGACACACCGACUCCAGUGUCCCUUGAACCUGAGGAUGAAAAUGUACCACCAGAGAAACCCCCACGGCUCACAGCAAAGCCUGCACCAACGGCUGAGUUGGACCGUUCUGAUGACAAAGUGUAUCACUCCGUCAUGAACCUGUCAAAGUUGUUGUCCAAGCUCAAGAAUGACAUCGCCGAAGUACAGGCGGAACAAUACAUUACUCCUGUCAAGUCCGUGGGAAUGGCUUUACGAGAUCUGAUUCACAAUGUGGACGACAUACUGCCGUCCUUACAUGAGUCCGUCAGGACGGAGAUCGAGGGCACCCAGAAACUGCUGAAUAAUGACAUGGCGGAGCUGAUCAGCAAAAUGCGCCUGGCUCAGCAGAAUGCCAUCACCUCUUUGAAGGAGGAGUGUAAGAAACAGAUGCUGGCUGCAGCUCACACGCUGGCUAUGGACGGCAAGAACAUGCUGGACGCUGUGGACCAAGCAAGAGUCAGGGCCAACAUAGCCAAGCCCGUGGACUAGAAACGCUCCUGGAACUUCGGGUUUUUCACGUCAAUCAGACGUGACAUUUCCUCAUAUGUUAAGUUGCAAUUUAUGUGUAGAGCCAAAAUGCUGUUCCUGUAAAUGUGUUUUGUUAAAUUUAAAUACAAAUGUGUGAACAAGACCAAUCUGAGGGGAAAAUGUGAUUGAUGCCAAGAGUGUGAUUGAUUGGUGAGUUAUUAUCUGCUUAUAAAAUGAAUUAUUAUUGUA